AUGCCCCCAAAACUCGUUUUUGUUGAUGGCGACUCCAUCAAGACUAUCAAAGACCGCGACAAAAGGCGAAAGAUACGCUCCGAUAUCAUUAAGAGGUCGUGGGCUUCCCAGAAAUCGCGUCACACCCGGCUUGUCGCUGGGUCCGUGGCAGGAAUCGGCAGCGAUGCUCAGCAAACUCUCCUCGAGAAGACAGCCAUGCAGGAGAUUCCCUGCCUUGAGCCUCCAGAUGAUGCAAUAGGUGUGGUAGCUCACAGGUCUAGCCCGAUAAUAUCUCCGAUAUCUCAUCUUAGCUCUUCCAGGUCUGACCCCUUCCGAUGCUUUGGGCUUGAACCACAUGAUCAGUUCAAUCAAGGCAUCCUCGACUACUGCGUAAACGAGCUUUGGCCUGGUUUCCGACCACAUGCCAAUUAUGCUGCAGAAUUCUCCCAAUGUUGGUUCGCACUUGCAGCACAGAAUGCUGUUGUCAUGGCUGCAAUCAUGUUUUCCGCAUCGGCACAUCGCCAUCUGAGAAUUAACAUGGGCUGGUCAGUCGUGACUUCGAAGCACAUCAAACGUCACUUGCAACUCAAAGGCAGUGCGAUAAAAACACUUCGGGAAGAGUUCACGCGAGAGAUCAUGCCCGAUAAAAUAGAUGAAAUGAUAUAUGCCAUUCUAUGUCUUUCGUCAACUGAAAAUGCUGCAACUUCUACUCCCCGCCUGCCUGACCCAACGAAUUUCGAGCCGCUCCCCCUAGAGUCACAGUGGCUCUUGCUUUAUGGACGCAUCGAGUUCGACCCAACACACUUCAAUGCCGUUCUGGCAUUGGUGCGUCUUGCCGGUGGUAUCACUAAGCUCCGCACUUACAGUCUCGGCUGGCUUGUUUUCUUUGCGAGUCUCAUGGGGGCAGCAGAAGAUGUGAAAGCGCCGAACUUCCCACCGGUUGAUAUGUACGGUGAUUUGUAUAGCUAUCAAAGCCCUAUGAGACUUCUUCUCAUCUUUGAUCCUCCCUGGCACCACAGAUCGCUCCAGGGAGGGUUUCACGCCUUUCAAUAUAUGAACAUCAGGCCAGAGAUUAUUCAAACUCUCUUGGAUGUCAGCGAAUUCUCGCAAGCACUUGAAAGGGGGUUUGCCGGCUCACUUGAUCAUAAAGUUACGACUCCACUACUUGACAGUCGAAGCCACCUCGUGUAUAGAAUACUGUCCCUUCCCACAUCAACGGAAAACAUCAUGGUGCAGACUUCAAUGAUCCAAAAUAAUGAAGAAGCUACUUUUGCUUUGACACUGUAUCACUGCGCACGAUCAGCCACACAACUAUAUAGUCUCCACGUCAUAUUUCCAGGGCCUCGCACAGCAGAUGUUCGACGAAUACUCUUACCCAAGAUCAUGGAACAGAUUUCGGACAUCAUGAAUGGUGAUGGAGGCCAUAGUGAAUCCGCGAUGCAGCUCAUUGCAUGGGCAUGCAUGGUGGCUGCAAUUGCUUCAAGUGCCGACACGAGAAAGGAUGGAGAAAACACUGAACAGUGGUUCCUCUAUCACCUGUCAUUGGCUGCAGCCAAGCUCGGGAUCUCGGACUAUACAGGCAUGAAAGAAGUCUUGCAGCUCUUUGGAUGGAUCGAUGUAGUGUGUGACAAGCAUGGCAUGGUCAUGUGGAACAAUCGAUGA